UCUUCUUCACCGUUUCAUUCUGUUUGAGACGCUUCGGUGGCGUGUUCCGCGUACGCCCGUCUCUUCGGUGCCGGUCUCGCGGGCUUUCAUUCCUCCCCUCACUCCGAUUAGGUUCCGACUUAGUGCUCUUCGCAAAGGACAGUUCUAUUACGUGUUGAAUUGAACUUGCUCGUGUUUUGGUGACCCUGAAGCAAAGUCAGAUAUUGGGAGAACGAAAGUUGGAAUAAGAUUUUUAUACGCUUUAGUUAGGUUGAAGUGUCAGUAUGAGGGGCAAAUACCUGGGCCUGGCACGGAUAGCCUUACUACUACUGCAGUCUUCAUUCGUUCUUAGUCGAAUCGCAUUCGAGAAGCUGACGGAUGUCGAUUUUUCGGGCACUGCGUACUACACCGUGCGAAACCUCUCACUCUACGAGUGUCAGGGUUGGUGCCGAGAGGAGCCGGACUGUCAGGCUGCUUCUUUUAGUUUCGUGCUAAAUCCUUUGACUCCAGUGCAAGAGACACGUUGUUUGUUGCAAAAUGACACUCAAGCAAAUAACCCUAUGGCAAUGCCGCAGCGUUCAGUCAACACAUACUACAUGGUGAAACUCCAAGUGCGGUCGGAGAAUCUGUGCCUCCGGCCUUGGGCAUUCGAAAGGGUGCCAGGCAAGGCGCUCAGGGGCCUCGACAAUAGUAUAAUCUACACCUCCACUAAGGAGGCCUGCCUCGCUGCCUGUCUCAAUGAGAAAAAGUUCCCGUGCCGGUCAGCGGAGUACGAAUACGGCAGCAUGCGGUGUGCGCUCAGUGACUCCGACCGACGCACGGCGCAACACUUUGUGCAGCUUGUCGAUACUCCCGGAACGGAUUACUUUGAGAAUUUGUGCCUGAAGGCGUCGCAAGCGUGCAAGGGCCCGAGAGUGUUCACCGCGCCGCGUGUGGGAGUGGCGGAGGACAAAGUGGCGCAGUAUGCCGGCCUACACUACUACACUGACAAGGAGUUGCAGGUGACAUCAGAAUCAGCUUGUAAACUGGCAUGCGAAAUCGAAUCAGAGUUCCUCUGUCGCUCGUUCCUGUACCUCGGAGCCCCUCACUCCGCCGCCUACAACUGCCGCCUCUACCACCUCGACCACCACACGCUGCCCGACGGACCGUCCGCGUACCUGAACGCUGAGCGACCUCUCAUUGAUGAUGGAGAACCUAUCGGAAAAUAUUUCGAGAACUUUUGCGAGAAACCACCUGCCAAUCCCAGCGGAGAACUGCCUGUCACGAUAGAGCAUCAACAGGACGUGAACAUGUCCAGCAACUUAUCUAGGAACGACGCCAACUGUGACAAGACCGGCACUUGCUACGAUGUAUCGGUGCACUGCAAGGACACAAGGAUCGCAGUGCAAGUCCGCACGAAUAAGCCUUUCAAUGGAAGAAUUUAUGCCCUCGGCCGCUCGGAGACUUGCAACAUCGAUGUAGUGAACAGUGAUCUAUUCAGACUGGACCUCACGAUGGCCGGACAAGAUUGCAAUACACAGAGCGUCACUGGUGUAUACUCCAACACGGUAGUCCUCCAACAUCACAGCGUGGUGAUGACCAAAGCGGACAAGAUCUACAAAGUGAAGUGCACAUACGACAUGAGCUCUAAGAACAUCACAUUUGGCAUGGUGCCCAUCAGAGACCCCGAGAUGAUAUCGAUCACCGCGGCCCCCGAGGCGCCGCCACCGCGUAUCCGCAUCCUGGACAGCCGCCAGCGCGAGGUGGAGACCGUGCGAAUCGGGGACCGGCUCACCUUCCGCAUCGAGAUACCAGAAGACACUCCGUACGGUAUUUUUGCACGAAGCUGUGUGGCUAUGGCGAAGGAUUCCAAGAGCACCUUCCAGAUUAUCGACGACGAAGGAUGUCCAGUUGAUCCCUCAAUCUUCCCCGCGUUCUCACCCGAUGGCAACGCUCUCCAGUCUGUGUACGAAGCCUUCAGAUUUACUGAAUCUUACGGUGUCAUAUUCCAGUGCAACGUCAAAUACUGCCUUGGGCCUUGUGAACCGGCGGUGUGUGAAUGGGGACGGGAAUCAAUCGAGUCUUGGGGCAGAAAGAGACGUUCGCUGCCCCAGAAUGAAACAGGCGAAUCCCACAGCCAGGAGGAAGAUAUGAACAUCUCCCAAGAGAUCCUAGUCCUAGACUUUGGUGAUGAGCGACAGAGCACGGACUUCUUGAGAUCAGACAAACCAGGUGGCACUGCUUCAGAAGCUAACUUUGGUGAAAAAACUGUGACAAUCGUGGAGCCAUGCCCCAGUAAGGCUUCGGUAUUAUUACUAGGAGUUGCCUGUGCGCUCUUAGUCCUGCUGUACAUUGCGACAAUCUUCUGCUACUACAUGCGUAAAUGGCUGACACCUCCGAAACACAUGUCGUAAUCCACACCAGAAUGGUAGAGGCCAUUGCAAUAAUUUGUGGUCCCAAGAAAUCGUGUAACGUUCCAUUGCCUGUAUUACUAAGGAACUUGUGAUACAAAUGACUGAUUCGAAUUUCCAUGAUGUUCAUGUCAUUAUAUCCGUCCAUUUUGUAGGUUAAGGUACUGUGGUGACCGAAUAUGUCGAAUAAAAUGUAACCACCGCGUGUUUUGCAUUUACCUGAAGGUAACCCAUUGCAUUUUAAAGCAUUUAAUAAUUUUAAGUAGUUAUACAAUAGAGGUACAACUUGUCGCUAAUAUUAAAUUUAUAAUUUUUGCAAAUGAUGCUGUAAUGCUUAUAUAAUAUAGCCGCAUCAAAUUAAAGUAAUAUUAGAUAUUAGGUGCCUUAGUGUAUGGAGUUAAUUAUAUGUUCUGAAUUUGCAUUUAUUAUUGUAUAAGCAAAUGUAGCUAGAUGAUUUUUGAAACUAAAUAGCUCCUUUUGGAAUAUUCCCUGAAAAUUAUAAAAAAACAAUUUUAGCCUAUACGUUUGAGGGGAAUAUUCUGAAUUUUUAAUUUGUUUAGUUAAUAUUGAAUUUGGCAGAACUUCUCUAGGCAAAAGAAUUAUUAUUAUUAUAGAUUAGGAGGUCUUAUUUAAUUGUGCCUAUUAAUAACUAGUUUGCAUUUAUACUUGUAACAUUAUUAUUUAAACACUUUAAAGAGCAAAAAAUCUUGUAAAUAUACUGUUACCUGUCGCCUGGCGCUAACAGUUAUGAUUUCUUAUAAAUCUCAUUGGACUUUCAGUUGGGUUCUGUAGAAAUUGGAAUUUAUUUUAUACACUUUAAUUAAAAUUAGCAUACAUGUGUUUCUCUUAACCCAACUUGAGAUUUCUUUUUUUAUUUAUUUAGAAUUAAUACUUAUUACAAUUAUUUAUUUUCUUAUUUUAUUUUAUAAAUGAAAUAAAUUUGUACAAAUCA